AUGGAUGUUAUAAUGCUCCAUUUAGGAUCAAACGAUUUGUGCAAGUCAUGUCAGAAACAUAACCAGAGGAACAACUUUGUUACCUGUUCACAGAAUUUCAGAAAACCCAUUUCGCCAGAUCAUGCCGCUUCUCAAGACAACACGGAAUCUGUUAAGAAAGAACUUGACCUCGGCAAGGAGAUUCUAGUUGACGAGUUUCUUGCGGUAUUCAAACAGGCCAAUAACUCAAUGAUCACUUUGAUACAGAAUACAGUGGAUAAUCCGGAAACCCCGAUAUCCGGACGCUUUUUACUGGAAACGGAAUAUUUACUAUGA